AUGGCGAUCUGUACUUAUAACGCACGUACGCUUGCAUCGGAAGCGGCCAUCGAAGAUCUGAUGAUGCAAGCCAAGAAGAUCAAGUACGACGUCAUCGGACUGACCGAGACGAGACGACGUCACCCUCUCAACGCCGUAUAUGAGACUGGAGAAGAACUGUUCUUAGGAACAUGCGACAGUAGAGGUGUUGGUGGAGUUGGCGUCCUCGUCAACACGAGUAUGGCAAAGAACAUCGACUCUUUUGAACAACUUACGACCCGAAUCGGACGUCUGCGGAUGAGAAGAUGUGGCCCAAUACCAGCUUUGACUAUCUUCGUCGCUUACGUUCCAACAUCAAGCUACGAAGAAGAAGACGAAGUCGAAGCUUUCUAUAUGGACCUGGAGAAGUUCUAG